CAUAAACACAUACAAAUAUAUGUGGGAUUUGCCACAUUGGCUCUGGAUAACAGCGUCUCAAUAGAAGCCUUCCUGAAGCAAUGGGCUCGAUCACCAAAGAUACGGCGUCAUUACCCCUCAGGUCGAAGGGUGGAGUCAAGUUUGGAAAAGAGUUAAGGGAGAAGGAGUUCUUGUUUGAGAAAGGGUACUUGAAUCUCAAUCAUGGCUCCUUCGGUACCUAUCCCCUCCCCGUCCGCACCGCCCUCCGCUCCUUCCAAGACGCAGCAGAAUCCCGCCCCGACGACUUCAUCCGCUACAAGUACCCAGUAUACAUCAACUCAUCCCGCACGGCCGUCGGAGAAGUCAUCAACGCGCCACCAAAGACGGUCGUCUUCAUUCCAAACGCCACGACCGGCGUCAACACGGUAUUGCGCAGCCUGAAAUUCGAAGAAGGCGACCACAUUCUCUACUUUGCUACUAUUUAUAAGGCGUGUGGUACGACGAUCGAGUACAUCACCGAGACCACGCCUGUGAAGAGUGUCAAGCUGGAGUACACUUAUCCCGUGGAAGAUGACUGGCUGGUCAAUGCGUUUAAGCAGAAAGUCCAAGAAGUGCAGAACUCCAAAGGCAAGGUCAAGAUCGCUGUCUUUGACACCGUGGUGAGUAUGCCUGGUGUGCGCGUCCCGUUCGAGCGCUUGACGAAAGCUUGUAAAGAACUGGGCGUGCUAAGUUGUGUGGAUGGGGCGCAUGCGAUUGGGCAUUUGGAGGUCGAUGUGGCGAGGCUGGAUCCGGAUUUCUUUGUGAGUAAUUGUCAUAAAUGGCUCCAUGUUCCCCGCGGCUGCGCAAUCUUGUACGUGCCGGUACGGAACCAGCACCUCAUCCGCUCCACACUGCCGACAUCCUGGGGUUUCAAAACACUAGAUUCCGUUCCAAACACCGUCAACCCCAAAGGCGCGUUCGGCGGCGACGUGGAAUCCGAGUACAUCGGCAACUUCGAAUUCGUCGGCACCAUCGACAACUCACCCUACCUAUGCAUUCCCCAAGCACUCGAAUGGCGUAAAAUUCUCGGCGGCGAGAAGGCUAUCAUUGAGUACUGCACGAAGCUUGCUCAGGAUGCCGGACAGCUGCUUGCUGGAGCUCUGGGUACCGAGACGAUGGACAACAAGACGCAGACGCUGAGUCAGUGCUGCAUGUCAAUGGUGCGUUUGCCGAUUGACGUCGAGAAGGCGCUCCAAGCAGGCGAGAAGGCCGGACUGGGUAAGGAGAAGGUAGGACAGGCAGUGACCAUCUGGUUACAUAGAAAGAUGCUUGACGACUACAACACGUUCUUGCAGACACUGUUCUACGGUGGUGCGUGGUGGACGAGGUUGAGUGGUCAGGUGUACGUGGAGCUCAACGACUUCGAGAGCGUGGUGCCGUUCUUGAAGGAGCUGUGCGAAAGGGCUGAUAAGGGCGAGUGGACUGAGACUGUGGAGAAGAAAUGACAAAACUGGAUAUAAGCUGCAGAAGGGCCAGAAAAUUCAAUUAAGUCAACACAUAGUACCCUGUAGCCUGGAGAAC